UUCAUGUAGGCGUACGUACGCUGCGAAAUGCGUAGUAACCGGGGCGAUGUUACGUUUACUAAUAUUAAACAAACCAGACAUAGUUUGAGUUUGCAGCUUGAGUUGUGAACACGUAUUCUUGCUUACGAGCUACUCUUUCGGGAGAUAUUCUUGAUUUUGCACUUCUACGAUUUUUGGAGAAACGAAUCACGAUGUUUCGAUUUGCUUCGGAGUUUGCUUCGGUAAAAUUCCGAUCCCUUAGCGGCUACCGUUUGGUGUCGCUUCAACCGGCGGCAGCGGCCCGCCGAGACGCCAUUGCGCUGUCGCCAAAUUGUCCUCCGGUAAAGUUUUCCGAGGAAGUGAUGCGACGACCGGAGACGGUCCAUCACAAAACCGUCACUUCUCAGCAGUCUCGACCUCCAGCAGCUACCGAAUGCCGAGAAAGGUCUGGGCGAGAUAACAAAUCUGACGACUCUGGGUACGAGAAGAGCGACUUAUCCCCGCAACACAGCCCCUCAACUUCUCAGCAGAGACCAAAUCAAGAUCCUCCAUUGACAGCAUCUAACGGAGGUAGCACCUCCCAAAGUGUUGCUGAGAAGACUGGAGAUGGAGACUCAGACAACGAUUGCCCGGCUCGUGUGUCAACCAAAGUGUCAUCCAAGACCACCUCAGAAGGAACCUCAUCACCCCUGAUCUCAAUCACGGCACCUCAAGAUGAUAUCGAGAUGGGUGGAGACCAGGUGGGCGAAUUGGAGACAAACGAUCCGGACAAUACCCGACCUCAGAUCUCACCUCAUUCCCUUGGUUCGCCCAGUUCACUGCCUCGCAUUGAUAAGAGCGAUCUCAACCCCGUCAUGACCCUGAAGGGAAAUUCCUACUCCGCGGUCAAGCUGGGCAAGGGUGAAUUUGGAGAGGUUUCCCUGAUGCAGAGCCGUUCAGACGGCACCUUGAUGGCAGUCAAGCGGCUGACCAAACUCCGGAACCCAUGCAGGGCCGAGGAUGCCUUCACCAGGGAGACGCAGGCGAUGGACGCCGUCUCCUCCAGCAAGGCUUUCCCCAAGUUCCUUGGAACCGUGGAUCGCUACUCCUUCGCAAUGGAGUCCAUCGGCAACCUGGAUAAGCGGACCUCCUGGAGCGCCUACCAAAUGUUCAAAAAGCGUUCUAACCAAAUGAAGUCACUGGAUUGGCUGAAAGUGGCGUCUGACGUCACUAAGGGCCUAAUGGAUAUGCAUGAGGCAGGCUGGACCCACAACGAUUUGCAUUCCGACAACGUCAUGGUGUGCCGCGAUCCCGAGAACCAAUCAACGGGCUGGGAGGGAAAGAUCAUCGAUCUAGGGUACGCCUACCGCAUCGACAACCCUCCUCCUCCCCAACAACUGACUGCCAAACAGAAAAAGAAACACUUCAAAGACUGUGCGCAGUUAGCACCUGAGAUAAUAGAAGGCACCAGUUGCUACAACGUCCAAUCAGAUGUCUACAGUUUAGGGGUACUGUUUCAAGACAUCGCGGCAGAAAGUCGCCGACUGUCUUGCCUCAAAGCUCUUGGGAAACGCUGCGCUAACAAGACCCCGCAUAUGAGACCGGCCUUAGAUGAAGUGUUGCAAGAACUCUCGUUGAUGCACUACGAACGCCUGACCCAACCCCGGAAAAACGGACCACUGGCCAAUCUGUUCCGGUCUCUGAAGAAUCGUAUCCGGGCCUAAUCCCAAACUGGAUGACGGAACAUGAUGAGAGCAUGCAAUUUCCAAAA